AUGGUUUCUCUGUCCAAUUCAUUGCUGUUUCCUCUGACUACAUCCAGUGGCUUUUCUCGGUCGGUUAGAUUUGCAAGGACAACCAAUUGGUGUAGUAUUAGUGACAAACAAAAGGGAGAGCCCAGAAACGUUUUAUGUGCUUGUAUGGCGCCUCCCCCGAACUUGAGGAGCGAUGAAUCUUUUGCAGCAAAAUUUGAGGAUUCAUUUAAAUCAGAGAAUUUAAGCACAGUUCGGGAGCCUGAGGAUGAUUCUGAUGUUCUAAUCGAGUGUAGAGAUGUCUACAAAUCAUUUGGCGAGAAGCAUAUAUUGAGAGGUGUGAGCUUCAAGAUUAGACAUGGCGAAGCUGUUGGAAUAAUUGGGCCUUCUGGCACGGGGAAAUCUACAGUUCUAAAGAUUAUUGCUGGGCUUCUUGCUCCUGACAAGGGAGAGGUAUACAUUCGAGGUCGAAAGAGAGAUGGUUUGAUAAGCGAUGAGGAGAUAUCUGGUCUUCGGAUAGGAUUGGUGUUCCAGAGUGCUGCACUUUUUGAUUCUUUGAAUGUUCGUGAAAAUGUUGGUUUCCUUCUGUAUGAAAAUUCAAGCAUGCCUGAUGAUCAAAUUUCAAAGCUUGUGACUGAUAGCUUGGCUGCUGUAGGGUUAAAGGGUGUUGAGGAUCGAUUACCUUCGGAGCUGUCUGGUGGAAUGAAGAAACGAGUUGCUCUGGCUCGGUCUAUAAUUUGUGAUACUACAAAGGAAGCCAUAGAGCCAGAGGUGCUCUUAUAUGAUGAGCCAACCGCUGGACUUGAUCCUAUUGCAUCUACUGUGGUAGAAGACCUCAUCCGCUCUGUCCAUACAAAAGAUCAGGCAGUGAUUGAGAAGCCUGGGCAGAUUGCAUCUUAUGUUGUUGUUACUCACCAACAUAGUACCAUUAGACGGGCUGUUGACAGGUUAUUGUUUCUCUACGAGGGCAAGAUAGUGUGGCAAGGAAUGACUCAUGAAUUCACAACCUCCACAAAUCCAAUCGUUCAACAGAAUCAGAUAGUUGGGAUAUGUUUUAAGCUUUAUGAUGAUCCGGAGUCCCAACAACACACGGUCCCUGAGGACUGCUGCAUACCAGUGGAGAAUGCUGGGAAAAUGGGGGAUUGGAGCUCAAAUAAAACAAAUUUCUCAGUCGCUAACAGAAACCAUGGCCGUGCAUCUGAUUCAAGAGAGCCAGCAUCUAAAUUAGGCAUAUGGCGAUUGGCAGGAUAA